GGGGGAACUGCGGGGCCCGCUCCAGUCCACGCGGUCCGGGCAGCACAGAGCGCAGCCGCGACUCUCCGCCCGGCGGGCGCGUGCGAGUGCGAGUGCGUGUGCGUGGCCCCGCGCAGCCGGAACCUGGGCGCGGAAGCCCAGAGCUUCGCUCCGGGAGGCGGAGGGCUGAGUCCUGCCGCUGCUUCUCCGAAGUCUGCGCUGCCCGCAGAAUUGUCGGGGUCACUGAGAAGAGUGACUACAGCUGAAAGCCUGGGGCUUGCCACAGCGAAUCCUUCUGUGCCCAGGAUUAACAGCAGACCCUCCCUUUGGCAGUGGUCAGAGGGGAAGAAUCCAACUUCUUAGAACAUGGCAGUCUUCAUGGAAUUUUGACAAAGAGGAAUUGUUCUUCAAGAGAAACCCUUCUCCAAUUUAGGCAAGAAAGUUCUCAUUGUCUAUGCGCACCAAGAACCCAGGUCUUUCAAUGGAUCCUUGAAGAAAGUGGCUGUGGAUGAACUUGGUGCGCAGGGCUGCACUGUCACCGUUUCUGACCUGUAUGCCAUGGACUUUGAGCCGAGGGCCACCAGGAAAGAUAUCACUGGUGCUGUCUCUAAUCCUGAGUUCUUCAAUUAUGGGGUGGAAGCAUACGAAGCCUAUAAAAAGGGGGCUCUGACCAGUGACAUAAUUGACGAGCAGAAAAAGGUUCAGGAAGCUGAUCUAGUGAUAUUUCAGUUCCCGCUGUACUGGUUCAGCAUGCCGGCUAUCCUGAAGGGCUGGAUGGACAGGGUGCUGUGCCAGGGGUUUGCCUUCGACAUUCCAGGAUUCUAUGAUUCCGGUUUCCUCAAGAAUAAGUUGGCCCUCCUUUCAUUAACCACGGGGGGCACAGCCGAGAUGUACAUGAAAACUGGAGUCAGCGGAGAUUAUCGAUACUUCCUGUGGCCCCUCCAGCAUGGUGCCUUGCACUUCUGUGGAUUUAAAGUCCUUGCCCCUCAGAUCAGUUUUGCUCCCGAGAUUGCAUCAGAAGAAGAGAGAAAGGCGAUGGUGGCCUCCUGGGCCCAGAGGCUGAAAACCAUCUGGGAGGAAGAGCCCAUCGACUGCACGCCUCCGUGGUACUUCGGGCAGUAAUGCUUCGUGCCACGUCCACAUCACAGGAACAGCACACGGGGAGCUGCAGGCAUAUGCACAGGGAGCAGGGUCCUGUAAUAAAACAAGGUCACAACCAA